UUCAUCAAGUGGCACGAGAAGCCGUGGUGCACGAGGACUUCCAACAACAAGUCAACAAGCGGCUGGCCGGAAUGGCUUCCACGGUGACGCUGGAGAAGACGACCACCGUCCAGAGUGGUGACACGGGUGUUGGGUCGCCCAAGACCGUGUUGAGGUCUCCUCUCCUCAUGAAGGGGCGGAAGGUCGGCGACGGCGGCGGCGAGGACGCCACGGACAACUGCUGCGGGCACAGGUGCGAGCUCAUCAGCUACGACAAGCUCCCGGAGUUCCUCAAGCACAACGAGUUCAUCGUCGACUACUACCGCAGCGAGUGGCCGGUGAAGGAGGCGCUCCUCAGCGCCUUCUCCAUCCACAACGAGACCAUCAACGUCUGGACGCAUCUGAUCGGCUUCUUCGUCUUCCUCGCGCUCACCGUGUGCGCCGCCACGAUGGUCCCGAUGGAGUACGAGGUCUCUCACACUCCCCUGGUGGCGUCCACGGGACUAGACAACAUCACCGGCAACGCGAUGGUGCUGAGGAGCUACAGCGCCGACGGAGCGGCCGUCGUGGCAAUGAAGGCGCUGCGGAGCAACGUGUCCGUCGAAACCGGGCUCGCCGCCGCGCUGUCGCCUCCCGCGGGGCUCCGCGUCGCGCGGUGGCCGUUCUACGCGUACCUGUGCGGCGCCAUGUUCUGCCUGCUGAUGAGCAGCGCGUGCCACCUCCUGGCCUGCCACUCGGAGCACGCCAGCUACGUGCUCCUCCGCCUCGACUACGCCGGCAUCACGGGGCUCAUCGUCACCUCCUUCUACCCGCUCGUCUACUACACCUUCCUCUGCGACCCUCUCUUCCAGGCGCUCUACCUCGGCUUCAUCACCGCCUCCGGCGCCGCCGCCGUGGUGGUGUCCCUGCUCCCCGUGUUCGAGAGGCCCGAGCUGCGGUGGGCGCGCGCGGGGCUGUUCGCGUGCAUGGGCAUGUCGGGCCUGGUACCCAUCGUGCACAAGAUGCUCGUGUUCGGGGACCGGCCGGAGGCCGUGCUCACGACGGGGUACGAGAUGGCCAUGGGCGCCGCGUACCUGGCCGGCGUGGUGGUGUACGCCACCAGGGUCCCCGAGCGCUGGAUGCCCGGGCGGUUCGACCUCGCCGGACACAGCCACCAGCUGUUCCACGUGCUCGUCAUCGCCGGCGCCUACGCGCACUACCUCGCCGGCCUGGUAUACCUCAGCUGGAGGGACAUGGAAGGGUGCUGAGGAGGCCUGAGGGCGACGCGCGCAAGCUGUAGAGAUUUGACCGGAUUUACUCGCUUGGUUGACUCGUCGUUGAUUGAUUUUCUUUCUUAGUUGUUGCUGUGUUUUUGUUUUACAAAAAGUGAACAUACUUGUACCAAUACAAGAGGAAUGUAACCAAAUCAAUUAACUUGAAUAAUAAAAGCAAGAGAA